AUGUGGAAGCCGCAGCUGGAGCGUGCUGUAUCAUCUCUCAACGUACCAGCAAUUGCGGCGGCCCAUGUUAUUAAGAGCUACGUCGCCCAGGCGCCGGAUGAAGUCUCCCUGGAGGUGGGAGACGUGGUGUGCAUCACUGAUAUGCCACCAAAGGAGCUGAGCCCCUGGUGGAGAGGCAAGCGUGGCUUUCAGGUUGGAUCUUUCCCUAGUGAGUGCGUGGAACUCAUUAGCGGAACAGUUCCUGAGUCCCUGGUCAAUUCAUUGCGAAAGCCAGUGCCGAAGAAACGGGGCAAGUUCCUCCCCUUCCUUCGAUCCCUGGUGAAGGCCCGGCCCCAGAGAGCGAGGCAGCCGGAGCCAGAGAAGGAAGGGGUGUUUGGGUGUGACCUGGGGGAGCACCUUCUCCGCUCUGGCCGUGAUGUCCCCCAGGUCCUCCAGAGCUGCUCUGAAUUCAUCGAGCAGAAUGGCGUAGUGCAGGGGAUAUACCGCCUGUCCGGCGUUACGUCCAAGAUCCAGCGACUACGCCAUGAAUUUGAUUCAGAGCAGCUUCCCGAGCUUAGCGUUCGUGACAUUCACAGUGUGAGCUCCCUGUGUAAGAUGUACUUCAGGGAGCUCCCGAACCCUCUCCUGACUGACCAGCUGUAUGCCAAGUUCUUGGACGCUGCCGGAGCUGCUACAGAGGAGGAGAGGAUGGUGAGAAUGAAGGGCGCCAUCCAGCAGCUGCCUGCUCCUCACUACAGAUCCCAGCAGAGCCAGUCAGCCUGCGCCAGUGGAGGAGCUGCCAGCUUGGAAGUUCAGACACAGACAGCUGUAGUGGAAUUCCUUAUUGGCCACACAGACGGCCUCUUUGGCUCCAAAUCCACGUCAGCCAUGGGAGAGGGAGCAGGUGAGCGUCUUCCUCCAUUAGCUUGA